UUCUAUAUUCACUCAUAUUACAAUGUAUCUCCACUGUCGUGGGUUUCAAGCUUUUGUCAACAUAUGGGUUGCAUCAUCUCUUCUCGAAAAAAGAAACCGGUGUCGCCGGAACACCGUCCUCGCUUCCAAGUUUCUCCACCAGCAACAAUCAUCGCUAAUGAUGAUGAUGAUCAAGCACAGAAAGUCUCAGAAAAGGUGAGUGAUAAAUUAGGUCUUAAGGAGCUGAAGAGAGAAGAGAGCGUUCUUGUUGUUAAUCCUCCUCCUCGUUCAUCGGAACUAGCUGACUCCGGUUGGCCGCCGUGGCUUAUCUCCGUCGCUGGUGAAGCCCUUGUUGGUUGGAUUCCUCGCCGUGAAUCUCACUUCGAGAAGCAAGAACAAAUUGGAAGAGGAACAUUCAGCAAGGUGUUCAAAGCUAGAGAUCUUCCCCGCAACAAGACCGUAGCUCUCAAGAGAAUCCGUUUCGAUGUCACCGACUCAGAAAGCAUCAAGUGCAUAGCCAGAGAGAUCACAAUCCUCCGCAAGCUAGACCAUCCGAACAUCAUCAAACUAGAAGGGCUAAUGCUUGUAGAACACGACUCUCGAUCAUCUACAUGGUCUUCGAGUACAUGGUGUUAAGCUAGAUGAGCUUCCAACCUAAAACCAAUUGGUGAUAAGUGGAGUGCCCAUCCGUCUUAUAUAUUACUAAGGAUCCUUUCCAAUAUCCGAUGUGGGACAUUUAUCCCUAAUACGCCCCCUUGAGAUGAUUGCUCUUUGAGCGUCAAUCUCGGAAUGUUCGGGUAAGGAUCGAUGGGCCGAAUUUGGGCUGGAUCGAUGAUGGAUCGGAUUGGACUGCAUGGAUCGGUCUCUGAUACCAUGUUAAGCUAGAUGGGCUUCCAAUCUAAAACCAAUUGGUGAUAAGUGGAGUGGCUCAUCCAUCUUAUAUAUUACUAAGGAUCCCUUCCAAUACAUGGAACAUGACCUCUUAAGACUCUCUUCACUACUCGGUGUCGAAUUCUCAGAACCUCAUGUACUAAUUUCAUAACACUUCUAAUUUGAAAAAAAAAAGCAUCAACUAUAAAAGGUCUUUCUCAUCGAGAGAAACAUGGCAGUUCACUAGAGAAAGACAUCAACUCUGCUGAUUGGUACAAUGAAGUGUGGUUCAAAUAUGCAACACCGAAAUAUUCAUUCAUAUUAUGGACGGCAAUGAAAGGAAGACUUGCUACUGGAGAUCGGAUGAGACAUUGGAAUGGGAAUGUCAAUGUUUCUUGUGUCUUAUGCACUGAGCCAUUGGAAACUCUUGAGCAUUUAUUUUUUGAAUGUGCUUAUUCUGCUCAGAUUUGGGAGGCUUUGAUGAAGGAUAUUUUGAGAGAUAAGUACACAGUGAGAUGGGAAGAGUUACUGAGAAUUAUGAGGGACUCGACGAGGAGGAAUAUGCAUUUGUUUCUCAUUAAGUAUAUGUUUCAAGCGACUGUAUAUGGUUUGGAGAGAGCAGAAUAGAAGGAGACAUGGGGAAGUUGAAGCUCCAGCAGUCCUAUUGAUAAAGCUUCUUUACAAAAAAAUAUGAGAAACAAGCUCACAUUAAUUCAGAGAAAUGGAGAUAGAGAGAUUGGAGAAGGGAUGUAACAUUAGUUUGAUACAAGAUAGAAGUUUCAUUUUAAAGUUUAUUUGAGAAGUUAAUAUAGGAGGAGAAAGUUAGAGUUUUUAUUUUGAUUCAAGAUUAAAAAAGAACAUACGUGAUGUAAAAAAAAUCUUUUGCUUUUAAAUUAAAUUAAACAUUCAAUUCAAAAAAAAACUACAAAGUAACUCUGAUUCUCAAAGUACCAGCAUACAUCAAACAAACUGAACUAAACCGAAUCGGUUAACCAUUAGAUUGUUCUUCAAGUUAACGUAACCUAAAGAGAAUAAAAAUGAUAAGCCACUUAGCCUUCUGGAUUGGGGUCCACGUCAAUAUUGUUUGAACCGAAAACAGUGCGUUUGUCAGAUUCAUACAAUAAAGAAUUUAAGAAAUAGAUUUCUUAGAUUCUUGAGGCUUAAGAGAAAUCAACAUAGAAAUCAAAUGGAAUGAACAUCAAAAAGAGUUUAUUGAUCAAAGAUUGUAUUACAUGUAUGAUUACAAGUGUAGAUUAAAUCUAAGAAUCCAUAAACUCUUUCUAAGAAGUGUUCUAAGUCUAGAUGAAAGAGAGAAGAAGAUCCUUUCUAAGAAGGAAGUAGUUUCUUAUUUAUAGAAAGAUGAAGCCUAGGACUUCCUAGCAAUAUGAGCGUAGUUCAAUGUCUAAUGGGCCUUGAAGAGGAUGUAAAUCCAUCCCCAACAGUAAGUCCCCCCAAGUUCGUAGAGAGAGAUAAAGUCGAUCUCUGUGAAUUUUACGAAUAAGGUUUAUUAGACAAUGAACUAGACACAUUCAUGCCUAUGAUGGUUUAGGCGAAUUUACUUCGAACUUGUGCCUAGUAAAAGGCGAGUUUGCUUUAAACUCGUGCUUAGUGAAAGACGAGUUUACUUGACUCAUGCUGAGCCAGAAGCGAAUUUACUGAGAACUCGUGCCUAGUAGAAGGAGAGUUUCUGUAAACUCAUGCCUAGUCAAAGACGAGUUUUUGUAAACUCAUGUCUAAUAAUAAGCGAGUCGACCGCAAACUCGUGCCUAAUAAAAAGCAAGUUCAAUUUAAACUUGUGCCUAAAGUACACGUUUACCGAACUAUUGCCGACCCGAAGUUUCGUGUUGAGAUCGUGUGUGUCGAAUAAGUAGUUGGUGUGUAUGCUCGUCAGGGUAUGAUGAUGCUGAGAGAUGUGCCGACUUAUGCUGCUUGUACUGCUUUCAACAAGCUCGAAGCUGAGAACCGUCUUUCGAAGCAUGAUGAUAUGACGGUGGUGAGCGCUUGUUGGCUCUGUUUUUCUCUUUGACUCUGGUUCACAAAAAGCUUGAUCAUGAUUAGAUCAAUAUAAACCAAAAGAAAUAACCAACAGUUGCAUAAUUAAUAAGCAAGCUAGGUUGAACUUGUUUUCACUUAACGGUAGUGAGUUGCACAUGAUGACAUGAUAAUCAUUAAUUAUUAGUAUCAUAGGUUACCAACAAUAAAGCGAUGACAUGAGAUGCAGUCAUCUCAUAAAGAUUAUAUGAGAAUGAACUGCUCAAAAUUGUUUAAUAAUUUAGAUUAAUGCCACAAUGUUUACCGUAGCAUAAAUUUAAAAGUUAUUAAAACAUGUGAUAAUUCAAGACAAGAACUUAUCUUUUUGCGGUGGAGAAGAUGGAGUGGUUGCCGAGAGAGAGACAAUGAGCUCGAACUCCUUUCUUCUUCGGUCUCAUGUAGGCAACCGUAUGAACCGUGAUCGAGUCAUCAUCUCCACCACACAUGUUACCGAAAGCCUUCUUGGUUUCCACUUGACCAGAACGUGAUGUUACUCUGAAUCACUUGACCACUUGAGCAAGUCCACUAAAUCAGUAGUGACGGUGCUAACACGACCGGAAUGAAGAGCCACCAAAGAGACCAACGAACGACUUGCUGAGAUGGAGAUCUUGUCGAGACGGAUAGCUAUGAAUCGAGAGGAGACCUCUCCGAGAUGGACAGCCAUGGAUCAAGAAGAGACCUCGCCGAGAUGAGAUGGUGUGGUUAUCUCUUAUCCAAGCCGAGCUUAAAAUGAGUUCGUCUUGAGCUUGUGCCGGUUGCGGCAAGCUCGUUGAGAGAAUUUGAGCUCGUCAUUCUUGGUGCGGGUCACUUGUCUGCUUCUCGAUUGUAGAGAUCACAAAUAUGCUGAGAAGGUUUCGUCUCGAGCCUCCGGACGUCUCUUGUGGCGAGGUGGCUUUAGGACUCCGCGUUACUCCCGGUUCUGAUUUUUCUUUUGGGCUUGACAAUCGUGAUUGACUCUGGUUCAUCAAAACCACAAUCAUGAUUAGAUCAAACAAAAUCCAAAAAAAAAGAACAAGUUUUGUUUCAAUAUUAAGCAAGCGGUGGAGCUAGUUUCUCGUUAACAUGACAAUUAUUAGUUAUUAACAUGUAUAGGCUACGAGCAAUAAUAAUAUGGGUUAUCUCAUAAGUAAUAAAACACUUAUCUUUUAGCUGGAGGAGAAUUGUUUCGAGGUGGACCCGAUGUUGUGGUCAUGUCUCUUGGGAGAGCUUUCUUGAAAUAGAAUCGAGAGGUUGAUGAUACCAUAACACCUUCACCAAAGCUCUUUAACCCCAAGAUAAGAUCUGAGCUCUGUUUUUGACGUCCAGUUUGGGCUUCUCGGUGUUGGCGUCCUCGAACUUUUGAACUGCUCUAGAGAUCGCGACUGAGCUUGAGCUUGUUCUCAUCUCGGAGCUUGCGGAAGAGCCAUGGAGAGGAAAGCUGAUAACACCUUUGAGCUGCUCGGGAGAUCAUGACAGAGAACCGAUUCAUCUUGCAACGGAUGGUAAGCUUGAAGUUCUCGGUGUAAUGCUUGUCUUGAGACCUUGAACGAAGACACAAGGCCUUGCAACCACUGAGCUCGCCUUGAUGUUGAAGCUGCCGCAGCUUGGGGAUCUCUGAAGGCAAUCAGCCUUUGAGGUGGUUAUGAGAGAGAUCAAGUAACUGAAGCUGAUUCAAUCUACGCCAUCUCUUUCAGAUACUAAGACUUGUUUUUGAGCCAGAUAAGGUCGCUUGGGUCUCUUGUGAACAGAGUCUCUGAAGCUCAAGACUUUCUCCCGACAAAGC